AUGCGACUCUCACGUAUUCUCCUCGUCGCGGUUGCUAUGGCUCGACUCGAAAGCGGCAAUGCGGUGUCGGACCGUAGUGAGGUGAUACCUUCGAGGACAAUCGGCCGGGCGCUUCGCUUUUCUGCGAGCAUCGAAGGAACAACUCAUCGUGUGCAUGACGAGGAAAGAGGACUAUUUGACUUCUUCAAACGCAGGUCCUUCAAAACCAACAUGAAAGCAGCAUACCUGUAUAACGCGAAGGUGUACGACGAUAUUCUCGCAAAGUCUGGGGACUACACAGCAUUUGGGGCGUGGAAACAAAUGAAGUAUUCGGAGAAAGAAAUUUCGAGAGCCAUGAAAAAGCUUGGUAAGAACCCGGGCGAGAUCGAGACUGUAUUGGCCACCUUUCGCCUGAUGGCAAAGGCGAAGCUGAAGUAG